AGUAGGUUUCCGAAUGGGUUUUAGAGGACCAGUCAGUUGCUUGCUGAAGUUUGUUUAAGUAAGAACGAAAGCGUCGUCUGUGAUCUACAGUAACAAUGGAGGAGCUCGACAAGGAUCAAAUCAAACUACUCAAGAAUGCCUUCGAUGCCUUCGAUCAGGAGAAGAAAGGAUGCAUCGGUGUCGUCAUGGUUGGUACGAUUUUGGGAAUGUUGGGCAUCUCCCUCACUGAAGGCAUGCUUAACGACAUCAUCAAAGAAGUAGACGUAGACGGUUCGGGUGAGCUGGAAUUCGAAGAAUUCGUAACACUAGCUGCUCGGUUCAUGGUUGAGGAAGAUGCUGGAGCUAUGCAAGCUGAACUCAAAGAGGCCUUCAGAUUAUACGACAAAGAAGGAAACGGCUACAUCACCACAGCUGUUUUGCGUGAGAUCUUGAAAGAAUUAGAUGAUAAAAUCACAUCAGAAGAUCUGGACAUGAUGAUCGCUGAAAUCGACUCCGAUGGCUCAGGAACUGUUGAUUUUGAUGAAUUUAUGGAAGUCAUGACAGGAGGAGACGAUUAAUGAAACAAUAUGAAAAUUAUAAAUCAAUUGUAUAAAUUGUAUAUGCAACCUUGUAAAUAAAUAAAUUAUUCAUC